AUGAUAAUUUUCCAAGAGGAAGCUUGGUUUGACUCGGUGAGUAUUCUGGAGUCUGACUCGGAUGAUGACUUUAUCAGUAUACAUGGAGAUGGUUUUCCAUUAGCAAGCAAUCCAGUUGGGAAUAUCUCAAGUGGCCAAGUACUUCAGCAUGAAAGAUCUGCUCGCUUUGUUGAUAAUGAGUGUAAGUAUGAAGAAUACCAAAGCUAUAUGAUAAUUGAUGGAGGUAAAUCAGAUAAAAUCAGAGGCAAAGAUGAGCUCAGGGAAUCAAAUCGGUUUUCGCUUAUUGAUACACAAGGCUAUGAGCUUUCUCACUUAGGGAAGGCUGAUGAAGUUUGCAGUAAGAGGAAGAAUAUAUUAGAUCACUCUUAUGGAAGCUUUAAAGGACUUACAGAGGAUGGACGUGAUUCUAAUGAAAAAAUUCAAGACAAUGCCCUGAAAUCCGGCUUAUCUCAAUUGGUACCUUCUGUAAGUUUCAACGAUAAGAUUCUAAGUGCACACAGAGUUUGGUUCCGCAAUCCCAGAGAAAGCCAUCAGUCGUUUCCAGACUUUCUUUUAAAAGGAGAUCCUGUGAUGCAGAAGAAACCAUUGAACAAUAUUACCGAACAUUUCAAUGAUAUAUCCACAGGUCAAUCAAAAAGGUUUCUGUUUCGGCCUAGACCAGGAUAUAUCAUUCCAUGUUGUAGAGUAGAGAAGCCGACUUCAGGAUCUUGGUAUGAGAUUCCACCCUCAACUUUUAAAUUUUGUGGCGAGAACUAUUUCAAUCCAUGUACUCCAAUAGGUGUUGAUGUGUCUGUAUGCCCCAAAAAGAUACAUCACAUUGCCCAGCAUCCUGAGCUUCCCAAAGUGAAAGCAAAUGGGAAAGUGGUCAUUGUAAACAUACAGUUGCCUGCUUAUCCUGCUGCAAUGUUUCUUAGUGAUAGUGAUGGAGAAGGGAUGAGUCUUGUAAUGUAUUUCAAAGUUUCUGAGAAUUUUGAAAAAGACAUCUCUCCUAAAUUCCAGGACAGCAUUAAGAAAAUGGUUGACGAUGUGACAGAAAAAGUUAAAGGAUUCGCAAAGGACUCCACUGUACCUUUCAGAGAAAGACUAAAGAUCUUGGCUGGGGUGGUAAAUCCUGAAGAUCUCAGUCGGAGUUCUGCUGAGAAGAAGCUUGUACAUGCAUAUAACGACAAAUCAGUUCUUUCACGCCCCCGGCACAAUUUUUACAAGGGUCCUAACUACUUUGAGAUUGAUAUGGACAUUCAUCUCUUCAGCUACAUAUCAAGGAAGGGUCUCAAAUUGUUAUGA